AGUCAGAGGAGAAAGACAACAUUGAGUUGUAUUACCUGAUGACAGGUAGGUUGACAGAGGAGAAAGACAACAUUGAAUUGUAUUACCUGAUGACAGGUAGGUAGUCGGAGGAGAAAGACAAUAUUGAGUUGUAUUACCUGAUGACAGGUAGGUAGUCGGAGGAGAAAGACAACAUUGAAUUGUAUUACCUGAUGACAGGUAGGUUGUCAGAGGAGAAAGACAAUAUUGAGUUGUAUUACCUGAUGACAGGUAGGUUGAUGGAGGAGAAAGACAACAUUGAGUUGUAUUACCUGGUGACAGGUAGGUUGAUGGAGGAGAAAGACAACAUUGAGUUGUAUUACCUGAUGACAGGUAGAUUGAUGAAGGAAAAAGACAACAUUGAGUUGUAUUACCUGAUGACAGGUAGGUAGUCGGAGGAGAAAGACAAUAUUGAGUUGUAUUACCUGAUGACAGGUAGGUUGAUGGAGGAGAAAGACAACAUUGAGUUGUAUUACCUGAUGACAGGUAGGUUGUCAGAGAAGAAAGACAACAUGGAGUUGUAUUACCUGGUGACAGGUAGGUUGUCAGAGGAGAAAGACAACAUUGAGUUGUAUUACAUGAUGACAGGUAGGUUGCCAGAGGAGAAAGACAACAUUGAGUUGUAUUACAUGAUGACAGGUAGGUUGCCAGAGGAGAAAGACAACAUCGAGUUGUAUUACCUGAUGACAGGAAGGUUGUCAGAGGAGAAAGACAACAUCGAGUUGUAUUACCUGAUGACAGGUAUGUUGAUGGAGGAGAAAGACAACAUUGAGUUGUAUUACAUGAUGACAGGUAGGUUGACAGAGGAGAAAGACAACAUCGAGUUGUAUUACCUGGUGACAGGAAGGUUGUCAGAGGAGAAAGACAACAUUGAGUUGUAUUACCUGAUGACAGGUAGGUUGAUGGAGGAGAAAGACAACAUUGAGUUGUAUUACCUGAUGACAGGUAGGUUGAUGGAGGAGAAAGACAAUAUUUAGCUGUAUUACCUGAUGACAGGUAGGUUUAGAAUACUGUUCUCUAAAAAGUAGGGAAAUAGAUAUUACAUAGAUUUAUAUUAGGUACACCUGAUGUCUGGUGUAAAGAGAAACUUGGAUGUUAAAACUUACAACAUUAAUUUUGUGUCAAGAUAUUACUAUCAUACAUAAUCUUAAUUGAAUGAGCCAGAAGCAUGAUAUGUUGUAAUUAAAGUGACCAAAUGAUUUUAUAUGGAUGAAGUUGACAUAUAAUGUAUAUAUAAGCGGGACAUAAUUUAUUGAU